GGCGGGGAGGGAAGGGAUAGAUCUGUUUGGUCAGCGUCGGCUCGUUCCACUGAACUUUCAAUUUCAAUCGGCUAAUACAGCUUCCUUAUAAUUAAUCGGACUUCUCUCUCUCUCUCUAGGGUUGUUCUUCUCGUUCCCCCUUUCCAUUCUUGCUCUUCUGCUGCUGGCAAUUCGAGGAAGAGAGAGAUGGAUUUGGACCAGUGGAUCUCCAAGGUCAAGGAAGGCCAGCAUCUUCUUGAAGACGAGCUUCAACUUCUUUGCGAAUAUGUAAAAGAGAUCCUCAUCGAGGAAUCUAAUGUGCAACCUGUCAAUAGUCCUGUAACGGUCUGUGGUGACAUUCAUGGCCAGUUUCAUGACCUGAUGAAACUUUUUCAGACCGGAGGUCAUGUACCAGAGACAAAUUAUAUCUUCAUGGGCGAUUUUGUUGAUCGAGGCUAUAACAGUCUUGAAGUUUUUACCAUUCUUUUGCUUCUUAAAGCCAGAUAUCCGGCGAACAUCACACUCUUGCGAGGGAACCACGAGAGCAGACAGCUUACUCAGGUCUAUGGUUUUUAUGAUGAGUGCCAGAGAAAGUAUGGAAAUGCUAAUGCAUGGCGGUACUGUACAGAUGUUUUCGACUACUUGACACUCUCAGCAAUCAUAGAUGGAACUGUUCUUUGUGUCCACGGAGGGCUCUCCCCUGAUGUUCGAACAAUUGAUCAGAUAAGGGUGAUUGAUAGAAAUUGUGAAAUUCCGCACGAGGGACCUUUUUGUGAUCUUAUGUGGAGUGACCCAGAAGAUAUUGAAACAUGGGCAGUUAGUCCACGUGGUGCAGGUUGGCUUUUUGGUUCCAGGGUUACUUCUGAGUUCAACCACAUUAAUAAUCUUGAUUUGGUGUGCCGAGCUCAUCAACUUGUACAAGAAGGUCUGAAGUAUAUGUUUCAGGAUAAAGGCCUUGUGACUGUUUGGUCUGCCCCAAAUUAUUGUUAUCGUUGUGGGAAUGUGGCUUCUAUAUUGAGCUUUAAUGAGAAUAUGGAAAGAGAAGUGAAGUUCUUCACUGAGACAGAGGAGAAUAAUCAGAUGAGGGGCCCGAGAACAGGAGUGCCAUAUUUCUUAUGAUGAAGGGUGGUUGAUGGUUGACCAUAUUUGUGAAACUAUCGAGCUAUCAUGAUUGGGCGAUAAAGAUCUCUUUAACGAGGAUACCUUAAAUUUGUUGUUUGCAGGUAGAUCAUUGUUCAGCUUGGGUGGAUAUUUCCUCCUUGGCUGAUAAGAUAGAUAUUUUGGGCUGUGAAUUACGUUGGCAGUAGGUAAUUUAUUUAUUCAGCAGUUUGCAUUCAGAGUAUGUUUCUUGUUCAGACCGUUUUAAAUUCAUUUCUGUGUAUCACUAUUGGAAAAGGAAAAAAAAAACGAAAAUCUCAGCCAGCCAGCAACGUCUGUGCAUUAUAUUGCCUGCAUUUAGCAUGUUUCGAGAAGUCAGAUACUUCUCGACAUUAAUCAAUGUAGAAAGUAUGUAGGGAUGAGAGUAAUUUGUUUGUGCCACUAACUACUGGGACUCCAUAAUUUGUAUUUUUGUUUGCCUCUA